AUGUAUUGCUUGCAAUUGAAUAUUUUAAACAACGAAAUAUGUGCAAAGGCAUUUCCACAAAUGCUUAAAGGCACAGCUUUCCAAUUUUACAUUACCAUCACAACAAACCAAGUAAUUGUCCCAACAUUUGUUCAACUAUGUGACAUAGCUCGAUCUUAUUUUGAAACAGAUGAGUGGAAGCGUGCUAGAUUAACUGAAUUAAAUAGCACAACACUUAAAAAGGUCAUUUCAAAUAAUCCGACCAUGUCUCUCAAAGAUUGCGUGGAUCUUCUUGUCAACAAACUUCAGCAACUGCAACUCGGCCUAGCUGCUCCAUUCAGAACGAACUCACUCCUUCAUUAG